CUUACCAUUCUCACCAUUCACCAUUCAUUCACCCAAAGCUCCUCUCCUCCAUUCUCUACCAUGGAAGCCAGCGCGGGGCUCGUUGCUGGUUCUCAUAAUCGAAAUGAGCUGGUUGUCAUCCAUGGCCAUGAAGAGCCUAAGGCAUUGAAGGAUUUGACUGGACAAGUUUGUGAGAUAUGUGGAGAUGAAGUAGGGCUAACAGUGGAUGGAGAUCUGUUUGUGGCAUGCAAUGAGUGUGGUUUUCCGGCAUGCCGCCCAUGCUAUGAGUAUGAGAGAAGAGAAGGAACUCAACACUGCCCCCAGUGCAAGACCAGAUACAAACGCCUCAAAGGGAGUCCAAGGGUGGAAGGAGAUGAAGAUGAGGAAGAUAUUGAUGACAUCGAGCAUGAAUUUAAGAUUGAUGAUGAGAAAAAUACAAACAGAAACAUUGUUGAAACAAUGCUUCAUGGUAAGAUGAGCUAUGGAAGAGGACAAGAAGAUGAGGACACUGUACAGUACCCUCCUGUCAUAGCAGGCAUGCGCUCUCAUCCGGUAAGUGGGGAAUUCCCAAUAUCAAGUCACCCUAAUGGAGAUCAGCAGAUGCUAGGAUCAUCUCUUCACAGAAGAAUCCAUCCCUAUCCAAUGUCAGAGCCUGAGAGUGCGAGGUGGGAUGAUAAAAAAGAAGGAAGCUGGAAAGAAAGAAUGGAUGAAUGGAAAACGCAACAGUAUGGAAAUUUGGGAGCUGAACACGAUGACUAUGCUGAUCCUAAUAUGGCCUUGGUGGAUGAGGCAAGACAACCAUUAUCAAGGAAAGUACCAAUUGCAUCAAGCAAGAUCAACCCUUACCGGAUGGUGAUUGUGGCCAGGCUGGUGAUUUUAGCUCUCUUCCUCCGCUAUCGAAUCCUCAACCCUGUUCAUGAUGCCAUUGGCCUCUGGCUAACUUCCAUAGUAUGUGAGAUCUGGUUUGCCUUCUCCUGGAUCCUUGAUCAGUUCCCCAAAUGGUUCCCCAUUGACCGCGAGACCUACCUUGACCGUCUUUCUUUCAGAUAUGAGAGGGAGGGAGAACCAAAUAUGCUAGCUCCAGUGGAUGUCUUUGUCAGUACAGUGGAUCCCUUUAAGGAACCUCCUCUCGUUACCGCUAACACAGUCCUCUCAAUAUUAGCAAUGGACUACCCAGUUGAGAAAAUAUCAUGCUAUAUAUCUGAUGAUGGUGCCUCAAUGUGUACCUUUGAAUCACUGUCCGAAACUGCUGAAUUUGCCCGCAAAUGGGUUCCCUUCUGCAAAAAGUUUGCCAUAGAGCCACGAGCACCAGAGAUGUACUUCUCUCAGAAAAUAGAUUACCUCAAGGACAAAGUUCAGGCAACAUUUGUCAAGGAUAGACGAGCAAUGAAGAGAGAAUAUGAAGAGUUCAAGGUUAGAAUUAAUGCACUCGUUGCAAAAGCCACUAAAGUUCCUCCGGGAGGGUGGAUCAUGCAAGAUGGAACACCUUGGCCAGGAAAUAAUACGAGGGACCAUCCUGGCAUGAUCCAAGUUUUUUUGGGCCAAAGUGGAGGACCUGAUGUGGAAGGAAAUGAGCUUCCUCGCCUUGUUUAUGUAUCUCGUGAGAAGAGGCCAGGCUUCCAGCAUCACAAAAAAGCUGGUGCUAUGAAUGCCCUGGUUCGUGUCUCUGGAGUUCUUACCAAUGCGCCCUUCAUGCUUAACUUGGAUUGUGAUCAUUACUUAAACAACAGCAAAGCAGUGAGAGAAGCAAUGUGUUUUUUGAUGGACCAAACAAUAGGAAGAAAAGUUUGCUAUGUCCAGUUUCCUCAAAGAUUUGAUGGAAUAGACAAGCACGAUAGAUAUGCAAACAGAAACACAGUCUUCUUUGAUAUUAACAUGAAAGGCCUAGAUGGAAUACAAGGCCCUGUAUAUGUCGGUACAGGAUGUGUUUUUAGAAGACAAGCUUUAUAUGGAUAUGACCCUCCAAAGCGUGCUAAGCGUCCAAAAAUGGUGAGCUGUGACUGUUGCCCAUGCUUUGGACGCAGAAAAGCACUUGAGAAUUAUACUAAACAUGGAGUAAAUGGCGAUGCUGCAAAUGUUGAAGGAUUUAAUGAUGAUAAGGAGGUACUGAUGUCUGAGAUGAAUUUUGAAAAGAAGUUUGGACAAUCAGCAAUAUUUGUGACCUCAACUUUGAUGGUUGAUGGUGGUGUACCACCUUCAUCAAGCCCUGCAGCUUUACUCAAAGAAGCCAUCCAUGUGAUCAGUUGUGGCUAUGAAGACAAGACAGAAUGGGGAACUGAGUUAGGUUGGAUUUACGGUUCAAUCACAGAGGAUAUCUUAACGGGUUUCAAGAUGCAUUGUCGUGGCUGGAGGUCAGUCUACUGCAUGCCCAAAUUGGCCGCAUUCAAGGGUUCAGCUCCCAUCAAUCUAUCAGAUCGUCUAAACCAAGUCCUUCGUUGGGCUCUUGGUUCAGUUGAGAUAUUUUUCAGUCGGCACAGCCCAGUUUGGUAUGGCUACAAGGGAGGAAAGCUCAAGUGGCUUGAGCGAUUUUCAUAUGUCAACACAACUGUCUAUCCUUUCACAUCCUUACCUCUCCUAGCCUACUGUACUCUCCCUGCCAUCUGCUUACUCACUGGAAAAUUCAUUAUGCCAGAGAUAAGUACCCUCGCAAGUCUCUUCUUCAUCGCUCUUUUCCUCUCAAUCUUUGCUACGGGCAUUCUAGAGCUUAGGUGGAGUGGUGUUAGCAUUGAGGAAUGGUGGAGAAAUGAGCAGUUCUGGGUUAUUGGAGGAAUAUCUGCUCACCUCUUUGCAGUUGUACAAGGUCUUCUGAAGGUUUUGGCUGGAAUAGAUACCAACUUCACUGUCACAUCUAAGGCAGUAGAUGAUGAGGAAUUUGGAGAACUAUACACCUUUAAAUGGACAACACUCCUAAUCCCGCCCACAACAAUCCUAAUAAUCAACCUAGUUGGGGUUGUGGCUGGAAUCUCUGAUGCCAUAAACAAUGGUUCCCAAUCUUGGGGUCCCCUCUUUGGAAAGCUCUUCUUUGCUUUCUGGGUUAUUGUUCAUUUAUACCCAUUCCUUAAAGGUCUUAUGGGUCGGCAGAACAGGACACCAACCAUUGUUGUUAUAUGGUCAGUACUCUUGGCUUCCAUCUUUUCUUUGCUAUGGGUUAGAAUUGAUCCGUUUGUGCUAAAAACCAAGGGACCUGAUGUCAAGCAAUGCGGACUCAACUGCUGAGUUAUAUUUCUAUACUUUAUUUUGAAAGUCAUGCUCUUUGGAGAAUACAUGUAAAUUUUUUAUGUAUCAAAAUGUAAGACCCAUCAAUGUGGAGUUGAAGAUGAAAGAAUAAACCAGCAUGAAAAGUUUUGUCAAGCAUAAGAAUUUGCACUCAAUCAUCAUGUGUCAAAUGGAAGAAUUAAAUAUCUGAUGUACUUCAAUUUUUCUGCAGUUUAGAGAUAUCAAGAAUUCUAGUGUAA